AUGGUGAAAAACGUGGACCAAGUGGAUCUCUCGCAGGUCGACACCAUUGCCUCCGGCCGAGAUGUCAACUACAAGGUCAAGUACACCUCCGGCGUUAAGAUGAGCCAGGGCGCCUACGACGACAAGGGCCGCCACAUUUCCGAGCAGCCCUUCACCUGGGCCAACUGGCACCAGCACAUCAACUGGCUCAACUUCAUUCUGGUGAUUGCGCUGCCUCUGUCGUCCUUUGCUGCCGCUCCCUUCGUCUCCUUCAACUGGAAGACCGCCGCGUUUGCUGUCGGCUAUUACAUGUGCACCGGUCUCGGUAUCACCGCCGGCUACCACCGAAUGUGGGCCCAUCGAGCCUACAAGGCCGCUCUGCCCGUUCGAAUCAUCCUUGCUCUGUUUGGAGGAGGAGCUGUCGAGGGCUCCAUCCGAUGGUGGGCCUCGUCUCACCGAGUCCACCACCGAUGGACCGACUCCAACAAGGACCCUUACGACGCCCGAAAGGGAUUCUGGUUCUCCCACUUUGGCUGGAUGCUGCUUGUGCCCAACCCCAAGAACAAGGGCCGAACUGACAUUUCUGACCUCAACAACGACUGGGUUGUCCGACUCCAGCACAAGUACUACGUUUACGUUCUCGUCUUCAUGGCCAUUGUUCUGCCCACCCUCGUCUGUGGCUUUGGCUGGGGCGACUGGAAGGGAGGUCUUGUCUACGCCGGUAUCAUGCGAUACACCUUUGUGCAGCAGGUGACUUUCUGUGUCAACUCCCUUGCCCACUGGAUUGGAGAGCAGCCCUUCGACGACCGACGAACUCCCCGAGACCACGCUCUUACCGCCCUGGUCACCUUUGGAGAGGGCUACCACAACUUCCACCACGAGUUCCCCUCGGACUACCGAAACGCCCUCAUCUGGUACCAGUACGACCCCACCAAGUGGCUCAUCUGGACCCUCAAGCAGGUUGGUCUCGCCUGGGACCUCCAGACCUUCUCCCAGAACGCCAUCGAGCAGGGUCUCGUGCAGCAGCGACAGAAGAAGCUGGACAAGUGGCGAAACAACCUCAACUGGGGUAUCCCCAUUGAGCAGCUGCCUGUCAUUGAGUUUGAGGAGUUCCAAGAGCAGGCCAAGACCCGAGAUCUGGUUCUCAUUUCUGGCAUUGUCCACGACGUGUCUGCCUUUGUCGAGCACCACCCUGGUGGAAAGGCCCUCAUUAUGAGCGCCGUCGGCAAGGACGGUACCGCUGUCUUCAACGGAGGUGUCUACCGACACUCCAACGCUGGCCACAACCUGCUUGCCACCAUGCGAGUUUCGGUCAUUCGAGGCGGCAUGGAGGUUGAGGUGUGGAAGACUGCCCAGAACGAAAAGAAGGACCAGAACAUUGUCUCCGAUGAGAGUGGAAACCGAAUCCACCGAGCUGGUCUCCAGGCCACCCGGGUCGAGAACCCCGGUAUGUCUGGCAUGGCUGCUUAG